CACAACAUAUCAUUCCUCUUUUACCUCGCACCGCCUAUUCCAGACUACCUUCAGCCCAUCUUUUGUAUUUAUUUUUCUUGUUAACACAUCAUGACCAUGCAACAGCCGGACAGACAGCGGGAGUCAGUCCCUUUCACCGACAUCACUGGCCUUUGUGCCAAGUCGCUCACCCGCACGUCAACUGCUAGCGAAUACUCUCACGUUAUGAACUUUGUCAACUCGAAUCCACACCGCGUCAACGAACUCCCUGAAACAGUGUUUGGCACGCUUCUUCUCGAGUGCUACGUCGAGUGUGACCGCGAAAAGUGCUUGUGCAACAAAAAUCAUACCCGAGACUGGAUGUGGAACUUGGGGUUCCUCAUUAAGCACAACAAGCUACACCUGGUCACAGAGUUCAGAGUGGUCGUUUUCAACGAGUGCAAGUCGCCGAUGCACAUUGACAAGGUAAUGGAGGAUAUGACAGGCAAGCUACUGUCAUCUCUACCAAAUGUGCGUUCCAUUCUGUUUCUUGGGCACGGCGUAUUCAAAGCUGGAAUUGCAGAGGAUGUGGAGCCUCGCCAAGAACUUAAGGCGGCAGAGACAGCUGCUAAAUCCAUCCGAAAGCUGUUCCCAUGUGUCACUGACUUGAGGUACCAUUUGUUCAAGAAUUGGGGUCCGACACCUAACAUCACGAAGGAGCUUUCGAGAAUAUGUCCUCUGUAUGAAUAUACUCUCAAAGAGUAUGCACACCAACUGGAACAUCUACAGGUGCUUAUUCCCUUCCCUAUGAAUGUGACUAAGCUCCUCGACAACCUCACAUCAUUGUCAAUCAAUAUUAUCUACGUCCGUCAGCGCCGUGACUUGCCAGUGAUUCCGAUUCAGUGCCUGCGCAUCCUCGAGAUGUUCCAGAUCGAGGCUGUCAUCCCUUGGCACCUCUUCGAGAUCACCGAUGGCGCGCUGAACUUUGACAGCCUCCAGGAUCUACGGCUAGAGUUCAUUCAGGCUGCUGCGCAAACUGUCGAUUUUCCAGGCUGCAGUUACCCUGUGUAUUUCCCUAAAUUGAGUGCUCUUAACAUCACUGGCUCUGCCUACGUCUACACCGACAUCUACGCCUAUUUCCAAGGCAGGUUAUUCGAGAGUCUGACUAUCAUGGACGAUCCGACGAACUUUGAAAACAUCAAUGAGCACGCUUUCGAGUCGGUGAAGAUACUCAAGAUCGGCCACCCAACUAGGACCCCGUUUGUCGAUGUGUACUCUGUCGACAUGGUUGAGCGCCUUUAUCAACUACCAUCCAGCGUUGAGGAAGCCAUCUUAGGGCUGCUCGACUAUCCGCUGCCCGAGCUGAUUGCAUGGGUUAACCUGCGCUCGCUCAAACUAUCAGCCAGCAUCACGGACAAGCACGGGCUUGCCAAUCUUCUGGGACAGCUACCACUUUUGCACACACUCAUUGUAGACUGCUUCUCUAUGAACCAGAAAGAUGCGGAUACCACCAGGUUCCCGGACCAGAAGAUCACAUUUGACGAGAUCGGCGAGGUCCUGGAUCCAAGCAGCCAGUUGCCUGUCAGCGAGAGCCUCGAGCGACUGGAUCUCUUUGUUCGCGGCACAUUCGACCUGGUCGGUUUCUGCGAGCUGGUGCUGCGCCUUCCUCGAGUCACCAAGGUCAGGACCAACCACCACAUGAUCCCGCACGUCAUGGCCAUGCUCCACCAGGUCUUCAAAGUCAACCGUAAUAUUGUCUUUGAGCCCUUUUCCUAAUUUUCUGUAUAUCUUCGGUUGGUUACUAAUCUGCAGGCAUUCUUCGAAGAGCGAACGAGGCGCUAUAUGGUGGCUAUGCUCGUGAAAACAGCAACCCACGAUUGUUUUAAGAGCCAGCUGGACGGUUGUUUGGACCGUCGACAGUUGGAAGUGGCCAUCACGCCAAAGCCACUUCAUCCCAAGGAACCAGCGAGGCUGAAAAUUGAUACGCCCCAGAAUUUC